GAGUUGCGUUCAUGUGACUGAUUCACGUGUUUCCAGGAAUAAAUACGAUAGUGGGUUCGACAGAGCACACCACACAACCUGGCAGUGAGAAGGGGAUCCUGGGGCAGAAGAUUUGAUCAAGAUUACACUAUCAACCGACAAAGAAGCGACAGGCAAAAUGUGGCAUGCAGCCCUUCUCCUCUUGGCUGCCAGCUUGUCAUUGAGCUUGGCCAGACCUCCCCUCCACCCGCUGUCCAGUGAGAUGGUCAACUACAUCAAUAAGAUGAAUACUACCUGGAAGGCUGGUCACAACUUCCAUAAUGUUGACUACAGUUAUGUCAAGAAGCUCUGUGGAACAAUGCUAAAAGGACCUAAGUUGCCUAUCAUGAUUCAGUAUGCAGGAGACUACACACUUCCUAAAGAAUUUGAUUCCAGAGAGCAGUGGCCUAACUGUCCCACUCUGAAGGAGAUCAGAGACCAGGGCUCCUGUGGAUCCUGCUGGGCAUUUGGUGCUGCAGAGGCCAUCUCUGACCGUAUAUGCAUCCACACCAACGCAAAGGUCAGUGUGGAGAUCUCUUCUGAGGAUCUGCUGACCUGCUGUGACAGUUGUGGCAUGGGUUGUAAUGGUGGUUAUCCUUCAGCUGCCUGGGACUUCUGGGCCAAAGAAGGACUGGUCACUGGAGGACUUUAUGACUCUCAUAUCGGUUGUCGGCCCUACACCAUCCCACCCUGUGAGCACCAUGUAAAUGGCAGCAGACCUCCCUGCACUGGAGAGGGCGGUGACACACCCCAGUGCGUUAGCCAGUGUGAAUCUGGAUACACACCCAGCUAUAAAAAAGACAAACACUAUGGUAAAACAUCCUACAGCGUACCGUCGGAAGAGGCACAGAUUCAGCAAGAGAUAUACAAGAACGGCCCAGUAGAGGGAGCAUUUACAGUCUAUGAAGACUUUCCUAUGUACAAGUCUGGAGUGUAUCAGCAUGUGUCUGGCUCACCUUUGGGUGGACACGCCAUCAAGAUCCUGGGCUGGGGAGAGGAGGACGGCAUUCCUUACUGGCUCUGUGCCAACUCCUGGAACACUGACUGGGGUGAUAACGGAUACUUCAAAAUCCUGCGUGGAUCAGAUCACUGUGGUAUUGAGUCUGAGAUUGUAGCAGGAAUACCCAAGUAAAACCCAAGGUGUUGAGCUGCAAUGUCCUCAGAUCAUCACUAGAGGGCGACACACUCCACUCAUCUUCUGGGCAACAAUAGUGCACUGCUUUUAGUCAUUGUAGUUGAAAGACCACUGUCUACUUUGCACAUGCAGCAUGACAAAUGAGAAAUAGAAAAUACUCAAGAUGCCUUCAUUUAUUUCAGAUGGAAUUUCAGAUAUAACAUGUAAUAUUGUGCCUGCAGACAAAUGGCCAUUUUUUUGGGGUGACAGCUGUGUCACACACUGAGUCAAUCCAAAAAGCAAGGUUAUACAGGUGGAAACUGUUUUUAGGUUUUGUGUGUGAUGUUGAUUGUUUUGAAGCAGGAUGUCACAGAUCUAGAAAUGAAUGGAUUUGACCUUGUUUUCAUAGCUAGAGGAAAAUGGCAGGCAAUUUUUAGAGCAGUCCAAAAAUAUGAUUGAUAUAGUUUUUAAAACUACUUUAAUAAGCAAUUAUGUUUGUUUGAAUGUAAUUGCCAUGAUCAAAUUGUUCAGUUUUUUAUGUUUUAGUACUAUGCUGUAAUAUCAGGAUCUACUGUCCAUAAUGGUGCCUGAUAGUGUUAUUAAACUGUAGUUUAAGACAAACUUUUUAUUUUUUUUUACAAUGAAGAUGGAAAUAAAAUGGAGUGGUUUUCAUCAUAAUGUUGGUAUUUGUCAUGUCUUUCAAAUUAAUAAAUGAAUCUUUGGUUCCCAGUA